AUGUCCCACGCUCAAGCCUUGACCCUCGGUAUCGUCGAUUCUGCCUCGCUGCCUGUCUUCCAGACUCCAACCAAGCGCAUUCAACAACCCGAUGAUGUAGGCAGAUUUCUUGUCAGUGCGGCCUACCGAGAUAUAGGCCUCUUCAUACUCCAGCUGAACCACGCCGUUUGCCCACGACAGCCAACCGGCUCAUCAACUCCAACAGUCUUUCCACUUGGUUCCAAGUCUACCCGCACAGCUUCCAUUCGAUCAUGCCAAAUGUUACUGUUUCGCAUCCGCGAUCUCAUAGACAGAGCACCACCAGACCCUGGUUCCCAAAGAUUUGGAAACGUUAGUUUCCGCAAAUGGUUCGCGCUCCUGAAGGAGGAGCUUGAUGACUUGCUCAACGAUGGAUUGCUCGGAGAAACCCUACGGAUAGGCAAUGGGCACGCCAAAGACGAAGUAGCGAGCUACUUACUCGGGUCCUUUGGCAGCUCACAGCGCCUCGACUACGGAACAGGGCAUGAGCUCAACUUUAUUGCUUUCCUUGGGUGUUUAUGGAAGCUGGGGCACUUCAAGGAUGGCAUACAGGGUGGCGACAUUGAACGGGAGAUUGUGCUACUGGUUAUACAACCGUACCUCGAAAUCGUAAGGCAACUGAUAACGACGUAUACUCUGGAACCAGCAGGCUCCCAUGGUGUAUGGGGCUUGGAUGACCAUUCGUUCAUUCCAUACAUUUUCGGCUCUGCGCAGCUCACUCGGCCGAUCAGCAACGAACUUGAUCCGAUGCCCACUGAAGGUUCCGUGAGGGGCGCACCGAAACCGAGCGAUGUCACAAAUCCAAGCAUUGUCGAGAGCAUGAGACAAGUCAACAUGUACUUUUCGGCUGUUGCAUUCAUCAAUGACGUGAAAAAGGGUCCAUUUUGGGAGCACAGCCCUAUGCUAUUUGACAUCUCUGGUAUAAAAGAUGGAUGGGGCAAAAUAAACAAAGGCAUGAUCAAGAUGUUCAAUGCCGAAGUUCUGUCCAAAUUCCCCGUCAUCCAGCAUUUCCCGUUUGGUUCGCUGUUCUCCUGGGACGAGAGCAGGCAGCGUUAG